AUGAAAGCCCGUCAGCUGCCGACCCAGUCUGGGCCGUGGACAGUGUCCCACGUCCGAGAUCUCCGCCAGGCACUCCGGCAGCAUCUGUCGCUGGCGCAUCAAGGCAGCCUGAUCCCGCCGGGUUUCCACCAUGUGUCAUUCAACAGGAUCGUCGAGGAAAACCAGCUUUGCGAGGACGGGGCGGAGAGGAGCCACGCGCCCAGCGAUGCCUGGAAGUUCCGCGUCUGGGCCGGCGGCCACAUGGGGUUUGACAUGCCGCGCGUACACGUUAACACCACCAAGUUCGUCAAGGUCUCGGAAAGGAUCACGGAUGUACGCGUGGUCGGCGACCCGGCGCGUGACGACUCGAAGAUCUUUGUCACGUUGACAAAGUGGUUGAGAGCUUCCCUUCACAAAAAGAACGACGACACCGACAUUGAUACCGAUACCAGCGGUGGCAGCAGCGCAUUCGCCUCGAUGAUCCGAGAGCAGAAACACCUGUGUUUCAUGCGCGACGUGCCUCCCAGCCUCAAGGCCGCGGGCAGCACUCCGCGCAGGCUGCCGCCUCCGACCGAGCCUUUCCACUCUCAGACCAUGACGCCGUCACGCACGCUGUUGUUCCGCUUCAGUGCGCUCAGCCAGAACGCCCACGCCAUCCAUCUCGACGCCGACUUCACCCGACGCGUCUACGGCAUUCCCGACCUUCUGGUCCAGGGCCCGCUCACGUCCGUCUUGAUGCUGGAAGUGUUGAGGAAGGCUUUGAGAAUGGCUUCACGCGUUGAAGAUGGCCGAUUUUCUCAAGAUGGCCGGUUCCAGCUCUAUAGCUCUGAGUCUGACCCCGACCACAAUCACGUCCUCGCCGUCCGAGAGUUCGAGUACAGAAACCUCCUACCCCUAUUCGUCGACGAACCCAUCACCAUUGCGUGCAAGCGAGCUGUGACAAAUGACAGCCCCUCGGCGUACAACAGCCACGUCGGCGGCUCCGAAGGCGAAGGAGGAUGGCCGGCCUCCCCGGGCGAGAAAUGGGACGUCUGGAUCCAGAAGGGCCAGGGCGACAAUGCCAUGCUGGCUGUUAAGGGAAAGGCCUUGGUCCAACCUGUCCGAGUGGCCCGAAGACCUGGGAAACGAAUGGCAUGA